CGUUCCCACUCAGCUGUGUGUGAGUGAGUGGAUUAUGUCAUUUAGACAGACAGCGUCUUCACACACGGACCAGAUGUUUUAGCGUAGAACAGUCUCACUCUCACUCAUUAGGUCGUCUAGGCAGAUCUGAAAUAUAUCUUAUGGGAUCAUCUCAUUGAGAUAAUAACCUACUCAAAUAAAUUAAUAGAACCGGUCAUUUUUAGUGUUGUCAAAUUCAAUAGGGAACAGUUUGACCGUCGUCUAUCAGCUUAUCCAAAAGAAUGAAUAAGUGGUAGCUCUCCAUCCACCGUUUCCAUGCAACAGCGCGUGUGGCUGUGAAGCACGCGGAGGGAUCGAUGCUGUAGGCAGAGAGCGACGGCACAGUAGAUCUGGACCCGGAGCGCCUUUUUAAAUCCGAUGGAGGGACACGAUGUUGGAAAUGAGCUGCUUUGCAGCGUCACCCAUCCUGAUAGUGCCGAGGAGCCCGGUUCUCCUGCCCUUGCCUGUGAGCACUAUGGCAGCCCGCAGCAGGAGGUGACUGCCACGAUGAGGAGGAACGACAGUUACCUGCCAGUCCCUGGCGAAGAGAAGAGCCUGGAUGUGGACUUUGUCAACACCAAGGACGGGAGCGACGAGUCCAUACCAAUGAAAAAUCGCUAUGCGGAUGAUGGCUCACCUCUCUAUCCACGGCAAGGCCCUUACUUCUCUGAUGGGCAGCGGCGGGUGGACUACGUGCUCACAUACCAGAUCCAGAAGCCCAACAGCAUCCGGCGCCAGUCCUCCAGGUUUGGGGACAACAACUUCAUCCAACGGUUUUGCCGCAGCCUGAACAUUAGAAACCGAGGCGCCGAGGCGCACCCAAAGGAGGACCCAGAGAUCGCCGCCCAGGAGCAACGGACUGACUAUCAUGAGGAUGACAAGCGUUUUAGGCGUGAGGAGUUUGAGGAAAACAUCAUGGAGACGGGGCUGGAGCUGGAAAUGGACGAAAGGACUAAUAUCCCUGGAAUCGGCUUCAUGAAGAUCCAUGCUCCUUGGAACGUUCUGUGUCGGGAGGCUGAGUUUAUGAAGCUCAAGAUGCCAACAAAGAAGAGUUACGAAGUGAAACAAGGCAGUAAUCUGGUGGAGAAGAUCCGGCUCUUCAUUCACAAAGUCACAGCUCCUCUCCACCCGAAAGUAGACACCAGCCGGCAACAAAGUGUCAAAUUCCUCUCUCACCCUUUCUCCAGAGAGAAGCAGCAUCUAUUUGAUCUGUCUGACAGGGACAAGUUCUUUGACAGCAAGACCAGGAGCUCAAUAGUGUAUGAGGUACUGAAGAGGACUAGAUGCACCAGAGCCAAAUACUCCAUGGCAUAUCGAUCCCGGUCAUUCAACAAAUCAUCGGCAGAUGGUUCAGUGAACCGUGGGAUAACCAGUCUGCUAGCCAAUGGUGUCUAUACAUCUGCUUAUCCUCUGCAUGACGGAGACAUCGAGGGGGUGAAUGCAGAACCCAACGACAGGAAGCUGCUGUACGAGCAGUGGGCCAGCUACAGCUACUUCUACAAGUACCAGCCUAUUGGACUCAUCAGGAAAUAUUUUGGGGAGAAGGUGGGACUGUACUUUGCCUGGUUAGGAGUCUACACACAGAUGCUGAUCCCUGCAGCCAUAGUUGGAGUCAUUGUAUUCCUCUAUGGAUGCGCCACUGUCGAUGAUAACAUACCAAGUAUGGAGAUUUGUGAUCCCAGGCACAACAUCACCAUGUGUCCGCUCUGCGAUCGCGCCUGCAGCUACUGGAAGCUGGUGACGGCGUGUGGUACAGCCCGAGCCAGCCACCUGUUCGAUAACCCAGCCACUGUCUUCUUCUCCAUCUUCAUGGCCCUCUGGGCGGUUCUAUUCAUGGAGCACUGGAAGAGACGACAGAUGCGACUCAACUAUAUCUGGGACCUGACAGGCUUCGGAGAGGAAGAGGAGGAGGAGCAUAAGGACCACAACCGAGCCGAGUACGAGUUCCGGGUCAUGCGAAAGACGAUAAGAAAGGAGCAACCGACCCCAAAGAGAGAGGAAAGUGAGAAGGGGAAGGUGAAGCUGACAUGUACAGACAGACUGCCAGCUUACCUGACUACUGUGGUGACAAUGGUCUUCAUGAUCCUGGUGACAUUUGCCAUAGUCUUCGGGGUCAUUCUGUACCGGAUUAGCAUUAAAGCAGCCCUGCACAUGAGCACCUACUCUGCCCGGUCCAACAUCCGAGCCACUGUCAAAGGCACGGCCGCCAUCAUCAACCUCGUCGUCAUCAUCAUCUUAGAUGAAGUCUAUGCCGCCAUCGCGCGCUGGCUUACCACACUGGAGGUUCCAAAGACAGACAAGAGCUUUGAAGACCGCCUCAUCUUCAAAACCUUUAUCUUGAAGUUUGUCAAUGCAUUCACACCUAUUGUCUACUUGGCUUUCUUCAGGGGCAGGCUUGUUGGGCGGCCUGGAAACUACUUGUAUGUUAUUGGAUCGUACCGAAUGGAAGAGUGUGCCCAUGCCGGCUGCCUCAUGGAGCUGUGCAUUCAGCUGUGCAUCACUAUGCUGGGCAAGCAGCUCAUCCAGAACAACUUGUUUGAGAUUGGAAUACCGAAGCUGAAGAAGCUGCUCCGGAGGAAGAGGUCUGACUUGGACUCAAAGCAAGAGGAGGAACUGAACAGGUCUCUGCAUCGCCACGAGAAAGACCACAUACUGGGUCCCUUCGUCGGCCUAAGCCCCGAGUACAUGGAGAUGAUCAUCCAGUUUGGGAUGGUGACUCUGUUUGUGGCGUCCUUCCCUCUGGCUCCGCUCUUCGCUCUACUGAACAACAUCAUCGAGAUUCGCCUGGAUGCCAAGAAGUUUGUUAUGGAGCUGCGCAGGCCGAUUGCAGCCAAAGCCAAAGACAUUGGUAUCUGGUACAACCUGUUGAGAGGCCUCAGCAAGGUAGCAGUCAUCGUUAAUGCGUUUGUCAUCUCCUUCACCUCCGACUUCAUCCCACGGCUGGUCUACCAGUACAUGUUCAGCGAUGACGGCACCAUGCACGGCUUCAUUAAUCACACUCUGUCUUACUUCAACGUCAGUGACUUCCAGCCGGGCACAGACCCUCUGCAGCCAAUGCACCUGGGUUACAAGGUAGAAAUAUGCAGGUAUAAGGACUACAGAGAGCCUCCCUGGGCCACCACACCAUAUGAACUCUCCAAGGAGUUCUGGGUUGUUCUGGCCGCUCGGCUCGCCUUCGUUGUUGGCUUUCAGAACGUGGUGAUGCUCAUGAGUGACUUUGUGGACUGGCUGAUCCCGGACAUCCCCAAGGACAUCAGCCUCCAGAUCCACAAGGAGAAGAUCCUCAUGGUGGAGCUGUUCAUGAAGGAGGAGCAGGGCAAAAGGCAAGCAGCGCGGGACAACCACAACCAGGACAACUGCAACUCCCCCUCAUCAGCAGAUCAGAGUCCGCCGCGGACCCGCUCACGGCCAGUCUCGCACGCCAACUGCUGAUGAACUGCUACUGGAAAAAAGAAACGCAGCACUACAAACGGCCUGUAAUGGAAUCAGCUGCAUACAGCUAGCUGGUAAAGGUUAGAAGUUAAGACAUGAUCAGUUUUUAAUAAUCAGCUAAAUGUUUGGGAAUAUUUACAAGAAUGACCUGACGGUUAAAACCAAAACUCUGACGCAUUUACAUCCGAAUUCCUUCACCUUUUAGAAACUGAUUGUUUACCUGUUUUUAAAAAUCUUCCCAUGUUAAGAUGAACAAUUUUACAGCAGGCCAGACAUGGUCAGCCAUUAACCAAAAAAUCCAGCAAAUAGUUAGACAACACCCAUGACAAAACAUUAUUUAUUGGAUGUACAGUACUGGAAUUUGAAGGGAACAAGCCAUUAGCUUCACUCGACUCUGGGGAAAUUUCUUGUCAAUGACUUCAUCAAUCAGGACGCCUAAGAAAACAGUGCCAAACCCCACCUGCAACCUCUUAAGAUUCCUAUUGUCAAGCAUUCAGUUCAUAACUGCCACGUCUCCCACGGGACCUGAACGCAACGUUUGUAUUCAAGACAGUGUCUGUCCAAAGGGUCCUGCUGGGAAGACUUUCCUCCUGAUGUCUUACUGGUGAAAACCCCCUCCUGCCAUCAAUGGGUAAAGCUCAGAUAUGCCUUUCUUUUCCUUUCUUUUCUUUUUUUUUUUUUUACAAUUAUUUACAAAAGCAGGAAUUUAUUGAUGUACUUUUUUGAAUAUGCAACAUGGUCAAGCACAUGUGCUUUGGUUUUUGGAGAAGAACAGCAAGGUUUUGUGCAGUGGCCUGUUGAUUUGUACUAUUCUCUUGUAUGAGCACCAUUUUGCUCAUAUGUUUUUUACAUUUGUUACAUUUUGAGUAUGAACAAACUGCCUAACCAUGCACAGUGGCAUUAUUCCUAAAAACAUAAAUAAAAAUAAAGCACCGGUCAUAUCAUCAAUUACGGUGAACUGGAAUUCUUAAAUCUGCCACUGACACGAUUUACAGCAAAAAAACACAAAGUGAUGUCAUGCUGUGGAUACUUACUGUAAAUGUCCUGUUAAACCUUACCAAACUCUGCUAUUGAGUAUAGAGAUACAUUUGCCAAAUUUGCUAUUACAUCAAAUCAUUCUAUUUCUUAAAACUGUAUCAACCAAAUGUAUUUUAUUUGCCGCUUGGGGGAAACAGACCAAGCUGAAAAAAAUAAACACUGACAUAUUGUGGUCAUAAAAAGACAAUUGGCAAACAAUUAUUUACACAUCCAACACAGAGCAACGUUAGGAUUCAUUGUGUGUGUCAGUCGCGUCAUUUUAGCUCAAGCAGCUAAUGUAUGUUUCUCAGGCUUUUUGUUUAACUUGUCAUAAGCUAAACUGAUUCCUUUGUCUGUCGUCUCUGUGAUGUCGAGCAGAUGUACAGUGCUGAGUGGGUUUCUCAGAGAAAACAUCCACCUGCUGCUAGAAACGAGGCCGAUGCAAAGAAGUUUGUGGGCCGUAAAACCAAAACAAUGAGCUGCGAGAUGCUAAAAGGCUCUGCAGGACUAAAGGGGGCUGUUGAGAAUUCUCUCACUCUGUGGGUUUGUCACUACAAGCAACGCCUUUUUCACUACACAUUAUAACAUCUAUGUUUGGUGUAUAUUUUUUCAUGAUUAGCUGCUAUAAUUAACACGACUCAAAAUGAAUGCUACUUUAUGUCUGCUGGACUUGUAAAUGCAACUGUGUGCUAAAGUUCCCCAUAUCAACUUAGAAAGGGAUGUAAUGUCAGUGUUGGGUUUUCAGCUCGCGUCUGCUGCCCCACAGCGGCCACAAAAUCACUUAAUGCAAGUUUUAAUAUCUGCAAGGAAGCUCUCUGUUCACAAGAAGAGAGUCCAGCAUUCAGUCUUUUGCCUCACUUGUUCCUUUGGUGUCUUUUGGAUCAUGGACAGUCCAGGGCAGAGUGCCCUUUACUGAUGGUGCCCUUUACAGAGUUUCUCCAGACCAAAUGAAAACCGUCACUUUUGAAACACCAAAUGUCGGCCUAUGCGGUUUUAAAGUGCCCAGAAGAUGACAAAUAAAUGCAUUUGUCUCACUGAUUAAAACCACAAAUGCCAUUCACACCUUUGUCUAUAGUUAGAGAUGCUCAGCUGUGUUUAUUCAAUAAUUAAUGACGUGUGCUGGUAGAUUUAAGGUUGUGCACAAAAAUUUGAAUUAAUGUACUAGUGUUUGAAGUCACAUGUAGUGGUAGAAGGAAGUGCAUAUAAAACAUCAGAAAACCGCAUCUUGGAACAAAUGAGAUUGAGGAAUUUUGCAAUAUUAUUAGCAAUGUGAGCUCUUUAUUUAAAAGGACUCAAAGUAGGAAUUUUUAGCGUCUCGAUGACCCUGGAAUGGGCACCCCAGUGUUGUUGAGCAAAGCGACUGCUUUACUGACUCAUACCCUGCCUUAUAUUCUCCUUUAACUAUUGCUGGCUCAUUUAAGAUUUCCAUUUAGCAGUUUUAAGGGGAUACAGUUGAACCAGAAAGGCAACACUGUUACUAUACUAUAAUCUCGCCUUAUAUUAACCAAAUAAAUUCACUCCGCAUUUCCUUAACAUGCAACUCUUUAACUGAUCAAGCACAAAUAAUAAUAAUUUGUUUUCUAUUUAUCAAACUGCAAAAACACAUGUGGGAGUGAAGAACGUAAAUGUAGGGUGGACUGAAAUAAGGCUUAACAAGUACAGUCUACACUCAUCCAUGUGUCUAGUCCUGCCUCCCGCUGUAAAUAUAUUCAACUCCCCCUGAUUUAAAGGGGCUGUAUUUGAUAUUCUGAACAUUAAUAUAGCAGCAAACUAGUAUUUUUGAUGUAAAGUAAUGGCAGCCUGAGCAGAGAAUGAAGUCACACUCGGUGUGUGUUGUGAUCCAAGCUUCUCUGAUUCCAUUGAAGGUCAGGCUGCGCGUGCUGUUAGUUCCUUGCAUAGACAUA